GACUUCUGAAGAGUCGACAUAUUUGUGUAUUGAAGAAGUUCUUCUUAGUGAGCCUAGAGAAAAUAAAAAUUGUGCAGGCAGUCUAUUGAUAAGCGAGCUUCCAGAGGUUGAUGUGAUUAGAUCCAGCAGGUACUUCUGGUGAAUUUGCGCCUGAGAGCAAACUAGGAGAUGUUAGAAAAACCUACCUGUUUGGUGCUCCUUGACAAAGUCUCCAUCCAGAUCAUCUUUUUUUGUUUGGUUUUUCGAGACAGCGUUUCUCUGUAGCUUUGGAGCCUGUCCUGGAACUAGCUCUUGUAGUAAACUAGCUCUUGUAGACCAGGCCAGCCUGCCUCUGCCACCGCCUGGCUCAGCCAGUUGUCUUUUAAGGAAUUGGUGCCUGCUCUCUAGGCAGCCCCUCAAAUACCACCAGGCAACUAGCUGGACUGAGUGAGUAAGCUACCGCCCCGGAAAUGACGCGCUGCCCCGCUGGCACUGGCGGCGCGGAAGUAGCGAUGGCGGAGCUUUACGUGAAGCCGGGCAACAAGGAACGCGGCUGGAACGACCCUCCGCAGUUCUCUUAUGGGCUGCAGACUCAGACUGGUGGACCCAAACGCACGCCCCUUACUAAGAGGGUCGCGGCCCCGCAGGAUGGAUCCCCUAGAGCCCCAACUUCAGAAACAUCUGGACCACCUCCAGUGGGUCAUCCACCUCCUUCAAGUAAGGCUUCAAGGCCUCCACCUAUGGGGACUUGUCCUGCUACUGGUGUGGAACCCCCAACUUCCCCAGUCACUGAGUCUGAGGUUCCACUGGAAGAUGUACUGCGACCUCUGGAACAGGUGUUGGAGGACUGCCGUGGCUACACAAAGAAACAGAACUUUUACACCACCAGUGGGAUGCAGCAGAUGACAUUCACCGCUCACUCAUGGUUGACCAUGUGACUGAGGUCAGUCAGUGGAUGGUGGGAGUUAAAAGGUUAAUUGCAGAAAAGAGGAGUCUGUCUUCAGAGGAGGCCAAAGAAGAGACAUCUACAAUGGCACCUGAGAACCAGACAGUACCAGGCUUCCAACAGUCUUCAUAAUCCUGGGGCCUCCCCAGACUCACUCAAAUGAUCUAUGCCUCGGUGUGGAAGGCCUCUUCUCGCUUGGGUCCCAUUACCACCAGGGAGACAAUUGUGUUGGGCCUGACCAAAGAUCCUACCUGGGCCACUUGCAAGAUAACUUGUUACUCAUAAUAUGUAUAUUUCAAUAAAAAUCUCAAUGGUGGGAAGUGGGUAGGAAAGGUGAGCCAUUCUGAUGCCAGACUGGUUCUUUCUGGUGUCAGUUUCCCUGCUCCAUGAAUACUAUUCCUUGUUCCAUUCAUCAAGAAGGGCCUUGCCGGGCAUAGCCAUAUUGCUACCUGCUUUUCUCAAAAUUAGACUGAAAAGCACAUUUUUUUGUAACAUA